AUCAUCAUCACUCGAACUUGAUCUUUCCACGCAUCAAUGGCGAACGAGAAACGCCACGAAAUGUCGAGACUAUCCUCUCAAAUCUGCAACCAGAUCUCCUCCGUCUUCUCUAACCCUACCGAUCCACACCCACCGCCUUUGGAUCUCCUCGUGACGGAGCUCGCCGGAGUCUCCCGCCGCGGCGCUCGCGUCUUCCUCCACGGCGUUGGACGCGAAGGCCUCAUGCUCAAAGCCUUCGCGAUGCGUCUCUUCCACCUCGGCCUCUCCUCUCACUUGGUCUCCGACAUGACCACGCCUCCGAUCUCGUCUCCCGAUCUCCUCAUCGCCUCCGCCGGUCCCGGAGGAUUCUCCACCGUCGACGCGAUUUGCUCCGUCGCGAAAGCUGCCGGCGCUAAGGUUGUGCUCAUCACCGCGCAGCCGGAGACUGGUUCUUGUGUGAAACACGCGACGGAUGUUUGUUAUGUCCCGGCGCAGACGAUGGCGAGUGACGGUGGAGGUGCGACGGAGAAGGGAGAGAGGCCGUUGUUGCCGAUGGGGAGUGUGUACGAAGGAGCGUUGUUCGUGUUGUUCGAGAUGGUUGUUUACAAACUGGGUGAGGUUUUGGGCGAGUCCCCUGAGUCAAAACGGUGUCGUCACACCAAUCUGGAGUAGCAACGUUGCGUUGUUUUCGCGUUUCAGUGUGUAAAUGCUUGCUGUUUUGUUUGUAUUAUAUGCCACGAGUUGUUUCGGCAUUCCGGUUGAGAAAUGCUCGCUGCCCGAAGAAUUCAUUUAUCAACCAUUCGAAUAAUUUAUAAUUUCGCUUCAAUAUUAUUCAUCUUUUUAUUCCAAA